AUGGAACCGGAGCCGACCCUUGCCUCUCUCCUCAAGGCUAUCCAAACCCUCACCAGCCAAGUUGGGUCCUUGCAGGCCCAAAUCCACACUCAAGGCCAACAGCUCUCCAAGCUCAAAGCCAUAUGCAAGGAAACCAACGACCUUGUUGGAGACAAGGAUCAGGGCGGAGCCCAAGCCAAGCCUGGCCCAUCGACUGGGCCUAUCACCCCCCCCACAUACAGGGGGAGAAGCGCACACUCCAGGAACGAGGAGGAAGAAGAACCCAGACGAGCUCCCAAAAAAGAGCCUUGCAACACGCCUAAACGGAGCCUCAGCUCCCUUACCCCCUUUGAUGCAGGGUCCGGCGUAAAGCGACCCAAAAUGGAGCUCCCAGACCCAUACAAGGGAGACUCCAGGGGGCGAAAGGCAACCCAGUGGCUAGACCGAAUGCUGCUGUGGGUCGCACUUCAUCGAGACCAAUUCGAUGAAGAAGAACAAAUGGUUGUGUGGAUCCUAUAUCACAUGACAGAUAAAGCUGCCGACUGGGCUCUUCCCAUUAUUGGGACCAUUAUCAAGGGCAAGGGAAAUCCCCCCACUACCAUUCCGGCCUUAACGGCCAAAUUCAAAGAAGCAUUCGCGGACCCUGACGCCAAGAGGGCGGCCGCCAGGAAGAUAGCCGCGCUAACUCAGACCACAACUACGUCUGAGUACGUCACCGAAUUCCGCAACCUCAUGGCGGAACUCGAUUGGAACACUGAAGCAUACAUUGCUCAGUUUACGCGCGGCCUUCACUGGAAGGUCAAAGAACUCCUGUCCACCAAGGACAAUAUCCCAGACAAUGACCUUGAGGCCAUAUUUGCCGCCUUGGUCAAAAUAGACAAUACUUGUCGGGAAAACGAGGAGAACCGGCCAAAGAAGGUUCCUGCCAAGUCCCCGGCCAUUACGGCCACCACUUCCACUACCACCACCAGGGUCCGCCUAUCAGAAGACCCCAACUACGUCACCCCGGAAGAAAGGGACCGUCGCCGCGCGUCUGGCCUAUGCGUCAAGUGCGGUCAAAAAGGGCAUGGCAUCAAGCAAUGCCCCAAUGGUUGGAAGGCAACCAUCAAGGAGGCAGCCAAGGUAGCUGAGGAUGAGUCGGGAAAAGAAUAA